AACUUCAAUUUGCUGGCUGCAGCAGCAGGUAGCAAAGUGACCUCGACAAGUUGCGUGCUCGGGUAGCCACUUCGGCCGGAGAGUAAACUGUUACCAUGGAAGGAAUCAGUAUAUACACUUCAGACAACUACUCUGAGGAAUUGGGCUCCGGAGACUAUGACUCCAUAAAAGAACCCUGCUUCAGGGAGGAAAAUGCCCAUUUCAACCGUAUCUUCCUGCCCACCAUCUAUUCCAUCAUCUUCUUGACUGGCAUCGUGGGCAAUGGAUUGGUGAUACUUGUCAUGGGUUACCAGAAGAAACUGAGAAGCAUGACGGACAAGUAUAGGCUGCACUUGUCAGUGGCUGACCUCCUCUUUGUCAUCACGCUCCCCUUCUGGGCAGUUGAUGCCGUGACAGACUGGUACUUUGGGAAAUUUCUAUGCAAAGCAGUCCAUGUUAUCUACACCGUCAACCUCUACAGCAGUGUCCUCAUCCUGGCCUUCAUCAGUCUGGACCGGUAUCUGGCCAUUGUCCAUGCCACCAAUAGCCAGAGGCCAAGGAAGCUGUUGGCUGAAAAGGCGGUCUAUGUUGGCGUCUGGAUCCCUGCUCUCCUGCUGACUAUCCCUGAUUUCAUCUUUGCCAAUGUCAGUGAGGGGGAGGGGAAAUAUAUCUGUGACCGCUUUUACCCCAAUGACUUGUGGGUAGUUGUGUUCCAGUUUCAGCACAUUAUGGUUGGCCUUAUCCUGCCAGGUAUUGUCAUCCUGUCCUGCUAUUGCAUUAUCAUCUCCAAGCUGUCACACUCCAAGGGCCACCAGAAGCGCAAGGCCCUAAAAACUACAGUCAUCCUCAUUCUGGCUUUCUUUGCCUGCUGGCUGCCUUACUACAUUGGGAUCAGCAUCGACUCCUUCAUUCUCCUAGAAAUCAUCAAGCAAGGAUGUGAGUUUGAGAACACUGUGCACAAGUGGAUUUCCAUCACGGAGGCCCUUGCCUUUUUCCACUGUUGCCUGAACCCCAUCCUCUAUGCCUUCCUUGGAGCCAAAUUUAAAACCUCGGCCCAGCAUGCACUCACCUCUGUGAGCAGAGGGUCUAGCCUCAAGAUCCUUUCUAAAGGAAAGCGGGGUGGACAUUCUUCUGUUUCAACCGAGUCAGAGUCCUCAAGUUUUCAUUCCAGCUAACGCUGACAUCAGAGACUAUUUUAUACAACAAAGAACUUUUUUUUAAAGUUACACUUUUUUGAAACGCAAGAGACUGACCCUACUGUACAGUUUUUAUUGACUGUUGGAUUUUGUCUUGUUUUAGUUUUUGUGAGGUUUAAUUGACUUAUUUAUAUUUUUGUUUUAUGUUAAUGAGUGUCUAGGCAGGACCUGUGGCCAAGUUUUUAGUUGUGUGUUUGGUUGUAGGAAUGUAGAAAAGGGAACUGAACAUUCCUGAGUAUGUAGUGAAUCACGUAAAGCUAGAAAUGAUCCUCAGCUGUUUGUGCAUAAAUAAUCUCUUCAUUCCAAUGGAACAUUUUUUCUUCCUGUUACGUUGUUUGGUUACACUAUGUGAUUUUGCUAUAGAAGAUGGCACUUAGAACCAAAGGCUGAAGUGGUAUAGAAGUGCUGGUUUGCCAGUUUUCAGGAGUAAGUUGACUUCAGCAUCUACAAUGUACAGUCUUGUAUUAAGUUGUUAAUAAAAGUACUUCAUAAACUU